AUGACUGAUCCUCAGCACUACGCCAUGGCCACCAAAGCAAGCUCCUCACUGUCGCCAUGCAUCAGACUCAUGGAGGAAUCCCUUCUCCUCCCGAUGCAAGACGCCGGUCUCUUUGCAAAGACCUUCCUGCUCAUCUUCGCCCACACCUUCUUCUUCAUCGCCGUCGCCGUCCACUUUGCCCACCCACUCGCCACCAGCAUCCUCGCCGACAUCAGAGCUCACAAGAUCACCACUGACACCGCGAGCUCCAAUCACUCCAAGGAGCUGUCAUUACUAGCCAUCUACCUCUCCUACCUCGCGAGUAAACUCGCCACCCAGCUUGUCCAAGGAGCUCUCGUCAUGUUGUGGCCAAGACUUUCUCUAUACUAG